UCAAAAAGAACAUUUACUCUAUAGCCUAUACAUUUAACUUAGAAUGCUCAAGCAAAGAAACUGAUGCAUGUGAAUCUGAAUUUUCAUGGAAAUACGUGAUGACAUACUUCAUUAUUACUUCACCAUAUGCAUUUACUGGAUAGUUGUGUCCAGGAAAUUUACGGAAAUCUGAGGAAAUUUUGAGAAUAAUUAAAGCCAAUCUAUGAGCCAAUUUAAGGAAUUCUCAUAUUUGGUUGUGAGGCUCCUGGACCAUUCCUGGUUGGAAAUUAUAAGAUUGUUCCGUUUGUUCGAUCUGAAAAAUGGCUUAUUUUCGUUAUUUUCUGCGUGGAACUUUUUAUUUCUUUGCUUUACCUGCAUUUAGUUUAACCGCUUUGCAACUCACAAGAGCUGAAAGUCCCGACGGUAAUGUAAAAAAAGCUGGGAAGAUACCUCGAGUCGCAAUCAUUGGAAGUGGAAUUGGCGGCUCUUCCGCAGCUCAUUUCGUGAGGGAAAUUCUUGGAGAAGAUGCACAGAUUUCUGUCUUCGAGAAGUCAGGACGUGUCGGAGGCCGGCUAGCCACCGUAGAUAUUUCUGGUGAAACCUUUGAAUCAGGCGGGUCCAUCAUUCAUCCCAGAAACUUGUACAUGAAGAAGUUUGUGGAGUAUUUAGGUUUAGAGAGGAACACAGAUACCGAUGGCAUAUUUUCACUUUAUGAUGGUAAAGAUAUUGUUUUCUCAACCAGUUCAUGGUCCUGGUUGACCUCUCUGAAACUUCUCUGGCGCUAUGGUUUCAGUUUGGUAAAGAUGGAUCAGGUUACAAAAAGUCUUCUCAACAAGUUUGCAAAUAUCUACACACUGCAAGACAAGGGUGAAUCAUUUCAUUCUGUGCCAGACCUGUUGCAAGCCAUGAGUGGUAACGAAGAGUUUUACAGAUUGACAAAAAUAACUGCAAGGAAAUAUUUAUUGGAACAGGGUCUCUCUGAGUUACUCAUUGAUGAACUUGUCACAGCCAUAAUGAGAAUCAAUUAUGGGCAAAGUACCGAAGUGAAUGCAUUCACAGGUAUGGUGUCAUUGGCAGGCGCUGAAUCAAAUCUCUGGUCUGUAAAAGGAGGAAACUGGAAGGUUUGUGAAGGACUUUUAAACAAAUCCUCCGUAAUUCUCAACAAGAACACACAAAUAAUUGAAAUAAUCAAAAAAUCAGACACAAAAGAGGACGGAAAGCCGUUGUACUACCUGCGAAGUGUGGAGUCCUUAAUAAACACUCCAUUUGAUGUUGUCAUUGUUGCUCUGCCACUUGAUAUAGCCCAGAAUUUCAUUGGUUGCAGCGAGUGUAGCAAUUGGCCCAUGCAAACUGAGCUGGGACAAUUCCAACAAACUGUAGCGACUUUUGUUGAUGGCAAUUUAAAUGAUAAUACUUUCAAGAAGGACUCAAGUGUGAUUGGUACUAUGGAGAAACCUGAAAUAUUUUUUAGUUCCAUUGGCAAACAGCCAUCUGUGUACAAAGGCAAUGAUUCUGGAGCAGAAGGCAAUGUAUGGAAAGUCUUCAGCAGGAAGCCACUCACAGAUGACCAAAAACACAAGCUAUUUUCAGAAUCUAAAGAGUCAAAGGAGGUUAUUUGGUUGGCAUACCCACACUAUACACCACCAGAGAAAUUUUUGUCUUUUGUUUUGGAUGAUGGAGUGUUCUAUGUAAACACUAUUGAAUGA